AUGCUCGAUUCCACGCCGUCCACGAGUACGAGCCUCGACCUGCAGAACUCAGGGGAGCGAGCUGAGCACCACCAACCCGUCCCGAAAGAUACUGAGGAUGUGGAGUCCCUUGGCGACAAGGCUGAGCCGACACAACACCUGCCGCCCGCAGCACGCGCUAGGGACCAGCCAAUCGCAGAUGAAGAGCACACCCCGGCCCAGGCCGCUCAGACUUCAGUGGUGACAGCUGUCAGCCAGCUUGCGGAAGCCUUGGCCGGACACCUGACGACAGCCACGCAGAGACAUGGCUCCCAAGAUACUGGCAGCGACCUUCAGAAGAUAGUCGCCCGACAGUCCACCGCAAAGGACCUCCCAGAGUUUAACGGCGACCCGGCGUCCUGGCCGAUGUUCCGCCAUAUGUUCACGUCAUCGACGAGUGAAUGCGAAUUCUCCAAUGCGGAGAAUAUGGCCCGGCUACAGAAAGCCCUCAAAGGGAAGGCUAAGGACACCGUCAAAGCCAUGCUCAUCGUACCUGAUAACGUCGAUCGUGUCAUGCAGACUCUGGAAAUGCGGUUCGGGCAGCCAGAGCAGGUGAUACAGACCAUAAUUGACGGCGUCAAGAAACUGAAGCCAGCUGGAGAAGAGGACUUCGAGGCCCUCAUCGACACGGCAAAUGCGGUCGGCAACCUCGUCGCAACAAUGCAGCUCAUGAACGAUACCGGACAUCUCACAAAUCCCACCCUGCGGCAGGAAGUGAUCAUGAAACUUCCCAACAGCCUGAAGCGGCAAUGGGGGGAGUUCGUCCAUACCCAACAGACCGGAGUGACCCUGGCAACACUCUCCGAAUGGCUAUCACAACGAGCGGACGCUAUCAGCCACGUCAGAAGACUCACCGCCACUGACAGAGCUGAAAAGCCGCCAUCUGGCAGGCGACCAGGCGGCCUCCGUGGGAACACCUUCACCGCACGAGAAGAACAAUGCGGUUUCUGCAAGAAAGCCGGACACUCCGCUGCCAACUGCAACACCUUGAAGAAGGCCCUAGUCAAGGACAGGUGGAAGUGGAUCAAGAAUGAGAACCGCUGCUUCGUCUGUUUUGGCUGUGGACACCAAGUCAGGGACUGCCCGAAGAAAGCACCGUGCGGACGUGACGGGUGCGAAAGGCUACACCACCGACUCCUCCAUCUGCCGCAACCGAGCACGCAGGAGAGGACGGGGGACCAGCCAGCGCCGUGCAACGCAACUCGACGACCUACCAGUGGGAGGGUGAUGCUGCGCACAGUACCCAUCAACGUCACAGGCACGAAGGGGACGGUACACACGUUCGCUCUGCUCGACGAAGCAUCUACAGUCACGUUGCUUGACGCUAGCCUAGCCAAGGAGAUCGGCGCCAAGGGGACGCACUGCCCGCUGACACUGACCUGGACGGACGACACCAGCCAGACUGACAACAACUCCAGGAAGGUGGAGGUUUCGGUGUUCGGAAGCGGGCAGGAGUUCUACCUGAACGAUGUACGAACCGUUACACUGGAUCUACCCAAGCAAGACCUCGACGUCAACAGCACCUGCCAGCACUGGAAACACCUCCGAGACGCUGAUCUGACAGUGGAGGAUAUGCAGAAGCCCAGAAUGCUCAUCGGGCAGGACAAUUGUGACCUGAUCAUGCCCCGAGAGUGGGUCGAGGGACCGCCCGGAUCGCCGGUAGCCACGCGGUGCAAGCUAGGCUGGGCAAUCCACGGCAGAGUCGAUGACCUCAGCACCGAAAACGCCCACAGCAGCCUGUCAGCGCAAAUCAAAGAUGGCUGCUUCGAUGACGACCUACAUCUGCUCGUCAAGUCUUUCUUCACCACAGACUCGUUUGGUGUCAAGGUCACCAGCACUAAGAUCCGGUCCCGACAGGAAGCGCGAGCUGAGAGGAUCAUGGAAUCGACCACCAGACGAGUCGGAGACCGCUGGGAAACCGGACUCCUGUGGAGAGAAAGUGGCAUACUCCUACCAGAGAGCAAGGCCAUGGCCCUCCGGCGGCUGUUCUCCAUCGAGCGAAAGAUGGACAGGGAUCAAGUCUUCGCUGACGCGUACUGCAGUAAGAUCGAACAGUACCUGGCUGCCGGUUAUGCUUUCAAGCUGACACCAGAAGAGGAGACAGCAUUCCACGAGCGCAAGUGGUACCAGCCGCACUUUGGUGUCACGAACCUGAACAAACCAGGGAAGCUGCGACUAGUCUUCGACGCGGCAGCCUCAAGCAACGGCAUGAGCCUAAACGACGCCCUGGUUCCGGGACCGGAUCUGCUGAAUUCUCUCACCGGCGUUCUAUUCAAGUUCAGGGAGCACCGUAUUGCCUUCGGCGGCGAUAUACAGCAGAUGUUCCACCAGGUUCAGAUUCGGGAAGAAGAUCAACCAUCCCAACGCUUCCUUUGGCGAGGCAUGAAACGUGACAGAGAGCCGGACGCGUACCAAAUGAAGGCGAUGACGUUCGGAGCGGUAUGCUCGCCUGCCUCGGCCCAGUUCGUGAUGCGGAGGAUUGCUGAGGAGUUCAGGGACAACCACGAAGAAGCUGUCUACGCAAUCAACCGCAAGCACUACAUGGACGACUACUUCGAUUCAACGCCAACAGUGGAGACAGCUGUCGCCAGAGCGCUUCAAGUCGUCAAGAUCCACAAAGCCGGCGGGUUCACCAUUCGUAGCUGGGUAAGCAACUCGUCAGAGGUCCUAGCAAGCGUGCCACCCGAGCUCAGGUCCAACAGCGCUCUCACGAUCGACAGCGGUGAAACGGCCACCCCGACCGAGAAGACCCUUGGCCUCAAAUGGAUGCCGCGGGAGGACAUCUUCAGCUUCAAGCUAAGUGCACGACUGGUGACACAAGAAGCAGAAGUGACGCAGCCGACAAAGCGACAUGUGCUACGCAUGUGCAUGUCAGUAUUUGAUCCGCUUGGCUACCUGGCAUUUCACACGGUAUCGGCAAAGGUACUUCUCCAGCGGAUAUGGCGCACCGGAGUCAGCUGGGACCAGCCGCUACCGGAUGACCUCGUGACACGCUGGAAAGAGUGGUGGCAAAUGCUACUCAAGCUGAGCGAGCUGUCUGUGCCACGCCCCUACAGUGAAGAUAUGACCAAGAGAGCCCAAGUUCAACUACACGUCUUUGGAGACGCCAGCGAGUCGGCCUUUGCGCCCGCAGCCUACCUCAGAGUCACCUUCGCCGACGGGAGUGCCCAGGUCGCUUUCGUGCUGGGAAAAGGAGGAGGUGGCUGCAUGAAUACCUGCCGACGUUGA